AUAAACAAGAGAGAGAGAGAGAGAGAAAAAAGAAUAGUUCCGUCGAAAGAGAUUUAACUUUGAGGAGCCGCUGAGAAAACCAAAGCCUUCACUCUGAUUCGCAGAGGAGAGACGACAUAACAUAAAAACGCGAAGAACAGAAACUGCUCCGACUUUUUUAAUUUUGAUUAUUAAUCCAAUCUCAAAGAAAGAAGGAAUCAUGAACAGAUCGGGAUCGAAGAUUUCGCUGUUCUAAGCUUCCGGGUUUGAUUCUCUCUCCCUCUAUUGUAAAAUUGGAUUGGAAUCUGGAGAUCUGGAUCUCGAAAGCUCGCGACUUUACCUUGUGUCCGUGAGGUGGGGGGGUUGCUGCUCUGUUCUCGAUUUGAUUAGGUUAUCACUCGAAUCUUCAAUCUGAAUCAAUUUCUCAUCUGGGUUUUUGAUCUAGAUUCGAAAUUCGAAGACUUUUUAAUCCAACCGAACCGAGAACGAGAUAAGAUUCUUCUUUGAUUUGAAAUGUUGGAGAAUCGAUCGCCAGAUUCGUGUUUGAGUUCUUCAAGGGUUUUCUCAAGCUCAUCAACCUGGUCCAAGUCUUUCAUGUUUCCAGACGAAGAUGACGAGACUAAUAACAAGCUCAGCAAUGGUGGAGGCAAGAAGCGAGCUUUGGAGGUUGUUGGUGAGAUUAGUAGAGGCACCAAAUCACUUAAACUAAUGGGUUUCUCUAUUAUGUAUGAUAGCGAUUCUUCUGACUAUUCAUCCAGUGGGGAAGAUGCCGUGUCUGAUUCCAACAACAACAAUGGUGGUGAUUCCUCUGAUUCUCAUUCUCUUAUCAACGAGAUUGGUCGGGACAACUCCAUCGACUGUCUGAUCCGCUGCUCACGGUCUGAUUACGGCUCCAUCGCUUCCUUGAGUAGGAACUUCCGUUCUCUGGUGAAGAGUGGAGAUAUCUAUAAACUGAGGCGACAAAACGGGUUCGUGGAGCAUUGGGUUUACUUCUCUUGCCAGCUCUUGGAGUGGGUUGCGUUUGAUCCUGUAGAGAGAAGGUGGAUGCAGUUGCCAACAAUGCCUUCUAGCGUCACCUUCAUGUGUGCAGACAAGGAGUCUUUAGCCGUUGGCACCGAUCUUCUUGUCUUAGGAAAAGAUGAUUUUUCUUCUCAUGUUAUAUACAGAUACAGCCUUCUAACUAAUUCUUGGUCUUCCGGUAUGAAGAUGAACUCUCCGAGGUGUUUGUUUGGAUCAGCUAGUCUCGGAGAGGUUGCUAUAUUCGCCGGUGGUUGCGACUCUCAGGGGAAGAUUCUUGACUUCGCUGAGAUGUACAACUCUGAGCUUCAGACUUGGGUGACUCUUCCGAGGAUGAACCAGCCGAGGAAGAUGUGUUCAGGGGUUUUCAUGGACGGGAAGUUCUAUGUCAUCGGUGGAAUAGGCGGUGCCGAUGCUAAAGCCUUGACGUGCGGCGAAGAGUAUGACUUAGAGGCCAAGAAAUGGACUCAGAUCCCUGACUUGUCGCCUCCAAGAAGCCGUGCUGAUCAAGCUGAUGCGCGACCAGCAGCUGAAGCACCGCCUCUUGUUGCCGUUGUGAAUAACCAGCUGUACGCAGCUGAUCACGCGGACAUGGAGGUGAGGAAGUAUGACAAGGAGAAGAAGAAAUGGUUAACCAUUGGAAGGUUGCCUGAGAGAGCAGGCUCGGUUAACGGAUGGGGGCUUGCUUUUAGAGCUUGUGGGGAGAUGUUAAUCGUUAUAGGUGGACCAAAGUACUCGGGAGGUGGGUUUAUAGAGCUGAAUUCAUGGAAACCGAGGGACGGUGAUCCACCACAGUGGACGUUGCUUGAUAGGAAACAUUCUCCUAACUUUGUGUACAAUUGUGCAGUGAUGGGUUGCUGAAACAACGCAGAUUCUGUAAUACUGUCAAGAUUCUUGUUGAUGGGUCAAAAGGACUCCAUUGAAGGUUCCAAGCUCUCUCUCCAACUCCUUUAUGCUUCUUCUUCCUCUUCCGUAUUUGUUUUUCUUUACAAAAAAAAAAAUUUCAAUUUGAAUACAAUCAUCUCUGUAUUGUUAGAGGACCAGAAAAGGAAACAGGUUAUAAUAAGUUGGUUAAAAGUUCAAAGCUUUUUAGAGUUUGCCAGUAUCUGGUUAACGUUGUUGUAUGUGUUUUUUUAAUCCAUUUGUUUUCUAAUAA